GCAAAAUGCAUUCCAAGUAGUUGCUGUGGAUGGCAUUUGCAGUGGAAUAAUUCAGUGCCUGUCUGCUGAAGACUGUAUCGACUGGCUACAAGCAAUAGCGAUUAAUAUCUCCAAUCUCACAAAGCACAAUAUUAAAAAAAUCAACAGGAAUUUUCCCGUAAACCAGCAGAUAGUCUACAUGGGCUGGACAGAGGAACGGGAACAAGAUUCUCUUCAGGACCGAGUGUACACACCAAAGUUUCUUGCACUGAGGGGUUCUUCACUUUAUAAGUUUUUAGCACCUCCAGUCACAACAUGGGACUGGACCCGAGCUGAAAGAACAUUUUCUGUCUAUGAGAUCAUGUACAAAAUAUUCAAGGACAGUGAUAUACUGGAUCGGCGAAAACACUGCUUUGGAGUACAAUCUGAAAUGGGAGAGGAUCUCUACUUCUCUGUGGAAUUAGAAUGUGAUCUCAUACUAUGGGAAAAGGCCUUCCAAUCAGCAACUUUUUUAGAAGUGGAAAGAAUACAGUGUAAAACAUAUGCCUGUGUUUUGGAGAGUCAUCUUAUGGGGCUUACCAUAGACUUUGGCAUGGGCUUUGUAUGCUGUGAUGCUGCAACAAAGGCUGUACUAUGGCGGUACAAAUUUUCCCAGCUUAAGGGGUCUUCAGAUGAUGGCAAGAGCAAAAUUAAAUUUUUAUUUCAAAAUCCUGACACUAAGCAGAUUGAGGCAAAGGAAUUGGAAUUUUCAAAUUUAUUUGCAGUUCUGCAUUGCAUCCACUCAUUCUUUGCAGCUAAAGUGGCAUGUUUGGACCCACUCUAUGUUGGUAGUCAAGCCACAACUGCCACUACUUCUGCUUCUGUUGCUUCUUCUUCUUCUUCUUCUUCUGCUACUACUACUGCCACAUCAUCUGGCAGUUGCAAAUUAAAAUAUAUGACUUGA